AUGGCCCGCCUCCAGCGACAGUUCGACAAGGCGAACGAGAGGUGCUUCAACUUCUGUUCGACUCCCCGCUUCGGCUCCCCCGUGUCCUCACCGCGUCCCUCUCGCGAACCCUUGCCGUCGCCCUCCACUCUGCCGGAGCCGCCGCCUCCCUUCCCGGUCUACGCUCCUGACGCGCUGGCCGCAUGCGUUUUUCCGAGUGAAAAAGAGUUCGAAGCGUUUUUCUCCGCCUCAAGGGAGGAGGGCGAAGACCUCUCUGACUCAGCAGUUGGAUGGCCUUUCGCGUACGAUCCCUACACCGACCCCCUGGACGAAUGCGGGAGACCUCGCGACACAAAUACCCGCUUCACUUAUGGGCCGUAUCUCUACCCCCCUUCUGCUCGCACUGUCGUGCCCGUCGCGCUGCAUGCUUCCUGCGGCGAUGGGGAAGGGCACAGUGCAGCGAAAAGGGGCGCCUUCUCGCGGCGCAGGAGAGGCAGCGGCGGGUUUCAAAGAGCACGGGAUGACUCGCAACAAGACGCGCGAGGCCGGAAGGUCGGCGAAGAACAGUCUUCCUCGACGCUCCGACCACGGAACAAGGCAGUCUCUCGGGCUUGCGGCGGCAAAGCGGAGCCUGCGGAUGGGCCCGCCUCGGGCUCCACCGCCCAGCGACCGCGGUCGCGGCGAGGGGACUCGACCGCGGCGGGCGAGGGGGCGAGAGGGCGAGGGAGAAACGGCGCCAAAAGCUCGUCGUGUCCGUCUUCAUCCUCCGAAGAGGAAGAGCAGUUACCUGUGUUCGGCACGCAGAGAGUGUAUCGUCGGCGAGUCAUUAUGAAGCAGGUCAGGCCCGUGCCAGUCUACGAGGUGCCCCUCCGCGAAGACUCCCUGCCGCUGCCGCCGCACUGGGAGAAGAGCACCUUCGUGUCUCCGCCGACUGAAGACGAAACGCGGCGGCUGAAGCAUUUUCCGGAAGAAAUGGCCAGGCGAGCCCAGGAGGAUGGUGCAGUCUUCAAGCGGGAGUAUCACCCGUUUCUGCGGCAGUACCUUGACGAGAAGACGGCUCGCCUGCGGCGUCGCUUGCGAGAAAAGGCGCAGAAGCAGCGCGAGAAGCGAAUGAAAGAGCUGAGUUGGACCGGCGACAAGGACGGAGGCGUGAGCGGGCACGCCGGCGAUGAAAACGACGAGAUGUGGCUGCUGGACGACGACGAAGUCCAGAGAGAACUGACGGAGGAGCUUCGAGAGCUCGUCGUGCACGAGCUCGAGCGGAAGCAAUCCGGCCUCACCGAGCUAGAAGACGAAUUCGUCCUCCUCGACGGCAAACAGUGGACCUGGACGAUGUGGGAACGCGACAGGUGGAAGCGAAGCACUCUGCUACGGAGGCUGAUGAAAGAAGGAAAGCUGCUGUUCAAGUCUGACCUGGAAGAGCGGCAGUACGCCACCGACUACGAGCAGCUUAUGUGCCAGCCGUUCCACCCCCCACGCCGCGACUGGGGCGGCUAUGAGUAUUACGCCUCAAUUUCCCUUGACAAAGAAGACAACAAACCUCUCAUUGACGAGCUUCUCGACGAGGAAGACUUCGAGCGAGAUGCCCGCCAGCGCCUCAAGAAAGAGGAGGAAGAAGAACUCAGAAACGCAGAAGCGGAGAAGGAACGGAAGAAAGUCAUCCGAAUGAGUCAGGACAAAGUCAUCAAGUUCCUCGAGAUGGCAGAAGGCGAGCUGCCCAAUCUUUUCCAAGGGUCGCAGCGAUCGCGAAAGAAGAAGCACCCGAAGAACUGCAUCGUCCCAUUCAACCGGCUCAAGGCGCAUGCGGAGGUGAUCGAGAGCAUCACGCGAUGCCCGUUUCUGCAAAUGGACAUGGAGCGCGCGCUCUGCCAGGGUUGGCGCCAGCGCGGCUGCCGUCGCACGCAGAUCAAGCACAUGGAGUCGCCGCGCGGAAUCCCCCCGGACAAGUACGCAUUGACGGCGGAGGUGAUGCAGAAGGCCGCCAACAAGCUUCGCGUGGCGAUCGGCGACGCCCUGGACCCCGUCGCGGUCUCUGCUGUGAAACCCAAGAGGCUCGACAGGCAGGCAGAGCCUGAGAAGAAGCUCGGAGGCGGCCGCUACGCGGUGUGA